CGAGUAUAAAAGGGAGAGCCUUAGAGACUCCGGCAUCAGUGCCUUCCACCCGGCCCUCCCUCACGAACCAUCACUACCAUGGCUCCCCUCAAGGUUAUCGCUAUACUCUUAGUCGUGGCUGCCUUCACGACGGCCGAGACCCCAACUGACCUCUUCCGUCCAAUCUACUCCUCACCACCCUACCAUGCACUGCCUGCACUCACGCCUGCACCCUACCACCCACCUCGUGUAUACAACCCUGAACCUGUCUACAAGCCAGCACCCGUCUACAAAGAGGUGGCCAAGCCAUACGCCUUCGACUACGGUGUUAAGGAUGAUUAUACAGGAGCCAACUUUGGCCACAGUGAGAACUCUGACGGGAAGGCGGUGAAGGGGUCUUACUCUGUGGCUCUUCCCGACGGCCGCAUCCAGACAGUCAACUAUGUAGCAGAUGAAUACAACGGCUACCAGGCUGAGGUGACCUACGAGGGCGAACCCAUCUACCCAGAGUACAAGCCUACCUAUCAACCUCAGCCAGUAUACAAACCUAUCCCAAAGCCCUACAACCCACCCAAGACAGUAUAUAAGCCAGAGCCUGUAUAUCCCACACCAGCCCCUUACAUACCCACCUACCACUCAACGCCAGUGUAUCCUAUCUACCUUUAAAUCUCUCCUUUUUUUUAAACUUUUAAAACCCUCGGCAUUCUCAGUAAAUGGCCUUCUGCUCGGUGUAGCUUUGGCUUGUAGCUUAUAUAGUUAACGGUGUUAAGCAAUUGUUAUUUACGUGAAAAAAUAAACCAAACUGUGUAUACUAUGUGCUUCACAUAUUAACCCUUAAACUGUCCAAGCAGAUCUACGUUCACAUGCGUAGUGCUCCAAAAGUAGAUCUACUUUUUUUUUUUUUACAUAUUUUCAAAUAAAAAAAAGUAUAUCAAAGUUUUUUUUACACGUUUUCAAAUGUAAAAAAAGGAAAGAUCUACUUUUUUUACAUACUUUCAAAUGUUGAAAAAACGUAGAUCUACGUUUGGACAGUUUAAGGGUUAAGCUUUAAGUGAUUAUCAGGUUACAUAAUUUAUACUGAUUAUUCACUGACUUCUAAACUGCCUCUACCUGGAACAUCUGAUAUGAAUGCUUAACAUUCACAAGAUUAUAGUGCUGAGCAUUUCACAUUUAAAAAAAAAAAUCGGUAGUAAUCCUUAAUUAUAUACCGAAAUGAAUCCCUUUUAAGUCUUCCACACAUCUGACAAAUCUUUUUUAAUCUUCUCAUAAUUUUAAAACAUUUUUUCUCUCUCUCCUUUACUUCCUGCCCACGCCCCUUCCCCCUUAUAUUCUCUCAUUUCCACUUUUCCUAAUGCGUUCGUCCCUUCCCCAACCCUCAUAUUCUUUCUCUCCUCUUCCUAGACUUUCCCCUCCUUCCCUCACCCCUUUUUCCAACAUAACACCGACAUACCUAACCCGCAUCCUAAACCUUUUUUUUUUUCCUAUCCAAUACAUUCAUAUAUUCUAACUCCUACACGUGUUCCUAUCUACAGAAAGCAGCUGGUGUCAUUAUUAGCACGCUUUCAGGUCAUUUGCUACAUUUUCCUGGUUUGCGAGUUUUUCUCUAUUUCCUCUUAUUUCAUAGCACUAGACUUAAUGAAGCAGAUAGACUCAGUGGUACAUCCAUCUCUAAGGACCACCUGGCUGACUUAUUCCCACGUUUUACAUGCAAGAUUCACUAUCACAUUUACUAGCCAGGUUCACUUGUUACUUGCUUGUCCCUUCCAAUGCCUUCUCUUCCCCUUUGCCCUCCCCGAUGCCAUUCCCAUCCACUUUUUCUCCCUUCCCCCUGCUAAAAAAAAAAUCCCUGCCCAUUCCUGGCUGUACUCGGCUACGGCUGAGAGCUGGCCUUGGGGUGUCAUGGAUAUAUCUUAGGUCUUAGCGAUCAGGUGCCCCUCAACACGAUUACUGACAGUACCUUGAAAAAUAGUAGUAAUAAAUAUUUUUGUAUCAACAAAUUUUAGAAAAAAAUAAAUCAUCAUCAAGCUUUAA